CUCCCAACAAGUCAUCUCACCCACCACAGUCUCAAGUGCCCUGCUUCAUUCCUUUUCAAUCCCAACGCCUUGAUUGCCAAAGACCCCAGCAACAUGAUUGACGACGAUUCCAAGUAUUUUUGUUCGAGUGGCGACAUCCCUGUCGGUGGGCCAAGCACCUGGCACAUUAUCGAUUGGGACCAGAGACGGGUGGUUUCGGUAACCAUGGACGGGGAGCAGGACGACGAGAGCAUUGCCAUUGAACAUUUCAGCCGCUAUAGCAGCCAACUAUCUCCCGACAUCUAUAGGAUCCAUGUAUCGCAUACUGGCGAGAUCAUCUCGACAUACAUUGAUUCAAACAACGAUCAGACCUGCUGCGUGCACUAUCCAUUCCUUCACGAAAUCUUUCUCCCGGAAGGGAUUCAGACAGUACGGCGGGACGAGCUUGAGGAACUCGAGAGGCUUGGCCCUGACGCGGACCUUGUCGCAUACCCUCCAUGCUCGGGAGGAUCUGCUAAAAAGGUUGUAUUUAAAUACUACUUCUUGUGGCAGUAUGCGCAAAUGUCCUGGAAGGAGAUGAACCUGUGGAUGCGUCUGCCCCGCCACCCAAACAUCGUUCCGUUUGACCGGAUUGUCGUUGACGAGCUCGAGGGUCGCGUGGUUGGAUUCACCAACGUCUACGUGCCUGGCGGCAAUCUAGAGGAGAACAAGUCGCGCGUUUUCAGACUGGAAUGGCUACAGCAGCUCACAAAAGUUGUAGACGACUUGAACCUCCGAUACGGUAUCGCGCACCAAGACAUCGCUCCGCGAAACCUCCUGGUUGACGAGUCAACAGACUCUGUCAUGCUCUUUGACUUUAACUUUGCGGCCCGCAUCAAUCAUCCUUCUUCACCUGGGGAGGGUGAGAGUUACCUCGAGGACCGGAACGAUGUCAAGGGCGUUAUUUUUACCGCCUACGAGAUUAUUACUCGAGACAAUAGCCUCCGGAGUAAGCCUCACGAAGAGCAGAACCUCAACGACCUUGGUCUAGAGUGGUUGAAGCAUCCAGGGGUGAAGCUAGACCAUCCAGUUGCAUCAUAUCAGCUCCUAUUGCAAGAAUGGCAGGAGCGAAGGGCAGGAGACCUCUGUGCCAUUCAUCCAGGCGACGUUGCAGAGGCCAUUGACUGGCCUUCCAUGCCCAAGCCACCACGGAGGACUAUUUCUGUGAAGGAUGCACAUGGGCAGCCAUUAUGCAUUACCGUAGACAACUGGAAUGAGAGGCGGCAGGAUGUGCGGGAGAGGGGUGAUAAGGUCUUAAACUGGGAACGGCCGCCGCAGAGACUUCUAGACAACGGGACUCGGGUGCUCUCUAGCGGUGAAGUAAUCAACUGCUAG